GGUAAGUAAUCCCUUACCUACUCGCUACAUUAAUGAGACUCCCUAUACGAGAAUACUUAGAGAAGAGGAGGAAAUGGAUUUUAUCUUUAACGUCACUAUCAGUGCGUCAAAUGGUAUUACACACGAUCUAAAAUCCUCCGUUACUCUCUAUUACCUAUUAUCUUCUUCUAGGGGGCCUUAUAGCUUUUACAUAGCUUUUGCAUUUCGCGAAGCUCAGAAGCCGAUUUCGCUAAAUACUACUACUAGGCUAUUAACUAUAAUUAUUAAUGUCUACGCAUCUUAG